GUGCUGUAUUAGUUGUAAAUUAAAUCUUGUUGUUCUCAUACGAUUCUCCUAGUUAAUUUUGUAAAAGUAAAAAAUUACAGUUUAAUAUUGGACGAUAGCACUUGUUAGUUAUUACUGUAUCUCGUUAAAAUUCUAUCUCGCUGUGUCGGAUGCUUUGAGAUUUAUCAGAUUCUGAUUUAUCAGGUUCCGAAAUUUUGUUUUGUUUUGACUGCAGUAGCAGAGUUGCCUUUUUAUCGCUGUUCUUAUCCCUUGGUGUGGUCCUUGCAGUUUGAAGGCGUAUUGCCUUAUUUGCCUUCGUGUUUACUCUUUACGGUUUUAGUUUUGCGUUUGUUCUAUAGUCUUGACUAUUUACUAUUUCGGACUAAUUUUCUGGUUAUCGAGGAGUUGUGUAACUUACGCGAAAAUGGCACUUGAAUUUCUAUUCGGUAAACGGAAAACUCCUGAGCAAAUGAUGCGAGAGAAUCAGCGCACGCUGAACAAAGCUAUGCGCGAUCUGGAUCGUGAACGAGCACGGAUGGAACAACAGGAAAAGAAGAUUAUUAUGGAUAUUAAGAAAAUGGCCAAAGAUAACCAGAUGGAUGCUGUGAAAGUGAUGGCCAAAGAUCUCGUGCGCACCAGACGCUACGUGAAGAAGUUCAUGAUGAUGCGCGCCAACAUCCAGGCAGUGUCCCUGAAAAUCACGGGACUGAAAUCCACUAACGCUAUGGCGCAGGCUAUGAAGGGUGUCGCCAAGGCCAUGGGACAAAUGAAUAAGCAGAUGAAUCUGCCGCAAAUCCAGAAGAUAAUGCAGGAAUUCGAGAAGCAGUCUGAAAUCAUGGAUAUGAAAGAGGAAAUGAUGAAUGAUGCCAUGGACGAUGCCAUUGGAGCGGACGACGAUGAGGAAGAAACCGACCAGAUUGUCAACAAAGUACUGGAUGAGCUUGGCCUGCAGAUCGCUGACCAAGUGGGUGGACUGCCCAUCGCCCAAGGCUCGGUGGCGCCCGGUGCUGCCAAGAAACUGCCUUCCGCCCAGCCGGCUGGCGGAAGCGAUUUAGAUGCCGAUCUGGAAGCGAGAUUGGAGAACUUACGCCGAGAAUAAUCGGAACAUUUUCUACGUCGAAAAUUCCUUUUUUUCUUGUGCUGCUUUCAUGUUUCCGAUAUUUAUGAUUACGUUCAAAAUUUUUUUUCGCGAAUGCUUGUACUUAACUGAUAUUUUAUAUACUAUAUUGCCGUCAGAUAGUAAAUAGAUUUAUUUGGUUUAACGCAUAAGUUUGCAUUAUUGCGAUGCUUUUAUUUAAUUCCGAUUUUUUUGGCAUAUUUUACAGAGAAAAUUAGAACAGCAACGGGUUCAGUCACGUGUGCUGUGUUCAUUUUAAUGUCUGACGACGAUACCGUAACCAAAAUAUGUUAUUCGUAUCGCGAAUCAAUAAAUUAAGGAGUGACA